UGACACGUCACUGAGGUCAGACGGGAGGAAAGAUGGCGAGCACCUAUUCGAGUUUCAACCUGCGCACCACCCAGGAGAAGUUCUACAUCGAGGCGUGUGAUGAGGGCUCUGAGGAGGUGCUGGCUGUGGACAGAGUGUCCACUGAGAUGACCCUCACAGUGAAGAGGGACGUCCCUGCAGGAGCUGACAGCAGGCCCAUAUGUGGUCUCAUGGGGACCAUACGUUUGGUGGCAGGCAUGUAUCUGGUUGUCAUCACCAAGAAGAAGAAGGUGGGAGAUCUCCUGGGCCAUGCUGUGUGGAAGGCUGUGGACUUUGACAUCAUCUCCUAUAAGAAGACAAUACUUCAUCUGACAGACAACCAGAUGCAAGACAACAAGACUUUCAUGUCCAUGAUCAACAAUGUGUUGCACACAGAUGGCUUCUACUUUGCAACAGACUACGACCUGACACACACUCUGCAGCGCCUGGCCAACACCAGCCCCGAGUUUCAGGAGAUGAGUCUUCUGGAGAGGGCGGAUCAGCGUUUCGUCUGGAACGGACAUCUGUUGAGAGAAUUCCUAGCACAGCCAGAGGUACACAAGUUUGUGUUUCCUGUUAUCCAUGGCUUCAUCGCCAUGAGGUCGUGCUGCAUCAACGGGAAGGUGUUUGAGUGGAGCAUCAUCUCCAGGAGGAGCUGCUUCAGAGCCGGAGUCCGCUACUACGUCCGAGGCAUCGACUCUGAAGGCCAUCCUGCUAACUUUGUGGAGACGGAGCAGAUCGUUCAGUUCAACAGCGCCAAGGCUUCCUUUGUUCAGACAAGAGGUUCCAUCCCCUUCUUCUGGUCUCAGAGACCCAACCUCAAGUACAAGCCCAAACCACAGAUCAGCAAAACAGUGAACCACUUGGACGGGUUCCAGAGACACUUUGACUCGCAGGUUAUUCUCUAUGGAAAACAAGUCAUUUUGAACUUGAUUAACCAAAAGGGCUCAGAGAAGCCGCUGGAGCUGGCAUUCGACAAGAUGGUGGCGGACCUGGGAAAUGGCAUGGUCAAGUACAUAGCCUUCGACUUCCAUAAGGAGUGCAGUCGGAUGAGGUGGCACCGCCUGCAGAUCUUACUGGACAUGGUCGCUGAGAUGCAGGAUGAAUUAGGAUAUUUCCUGGUGGACGCAGAUGGGAAGGUGCUGCUGCACCAAGACGGCACGUUCCGGAGCAACUGCAUGGACUGCCUGGACCGAACCAACGUCAUCCAGAGCAUGCUGGCCCAGCGCGCCCUGCAGUCACAGCUACGGAAAAUGGGAGUCCUCCAUGCGGGCCAGCAGAUUGAAGAACAGAUGGACUUCGGGAAAAAGUUCAAGAACGCCUGGGCAGACAACGCUGAUGCCUGUGCCAAGCAGUACGCUGGUACUGGCGCCCUGAAGACGGACUUCACCAGGACAGGGAAGAGGACUCAGUGGGGGCUGCUGAUGGACGGCUGGAACUCCAUGAUCCGAUAUUACAAGAACAAUUUCUCUGAUGGUUAUAGACAGGACUCCAUUGAUCUGUUCCUGGGGAACUAUGCUGUGGAUGAAUCUGAUUGGACCACCCCGCUGCGUGAGCCCAAAGACUGGAAGUUUUUGACGUUGCCCAUCGUCAUGGUGGUAGCUUUCUCCAUGUGUAUCAUCUGCCUGCUGAUGGCUGGUGAAACGUGGACUGAGACCCUGGCCUACGUGUUGUUCUGGGGGUCUGCCAGCGUGGUGACGAGCGGCCUCAUCCUCUUUAACGGACCCGACUUUGUAGAUGCUCCAAGGCUGGUCCAGAAGGAGAAGCUGGACUGAAUGUGUGUGUGUGGAAAGCAGCUCGGCCCCAGGGAGCUCACCACCUCACCCCCCGGUUCCUCAUCAUCACUUUACCCCCAGCAUGAGCGAGGCUGGAGCCUGUACUGACGGGGGGGGAGGGUGCUGGGAGGCAGGGCCAUCCUCGUGUACGACAAAGUGGAGGGACAGAGACUGAGUACACGAGCCGCUGCUGUCCACACUGCAGCUGCUGUCACAUGGACAGGACUGUCUGUCCACACUUUUACUGGACACUGGACCUCGGGACGUUUGAUUGUCCCUCAUUUCAGAGAAACGUUUGCAUUUAAAAAGCUUCACUGGGAUCAAAUUCAUAUGGAAAAUCAUUAAGGCCACGUGAGAAUUUCUUUUAGAUCUGACAAAAAGUUUUAGUUCUAAUAUUGAAGUAAUAAUUCAGAUUUGUUUUCUGAAAUCCUCAGAAUUUUGAGAUUUAAGUAAGAAUUUCUUUGAAAAUAGACAUUUGGAGAAAGUCUAAACUCUCAGUAUUUUGGAAAAAUCUGAAUUCUGAAAAAAAGUCAGAAUUUUCAGCACUUUUCUUCUGAAAAUUUAAAACUGGAGAAAAGUCUAGCAUUUUCUUCUGAAUUCUGACUUUUUUUGUUGAAUUUUUACAUUUUCUCAGAACUCGAAGAAAAACGCUUUCGAUCAGAUCUAUAAAAUAAAUCCAAAUGUGGCCGUUAUCCUCUUCCGUAAAUUCACAUUACACUGUGCUGUAAUGAAUGUGCCAUUAAUGUAUGUGCCGUUAAUUUGCCUUUUCUUUUUUGCCAUUUGCCAAUAUGUGUUUAUCUAUGUGCAGCAGCCUCGUCGCUGGAAGGCAUCGACACCGUCACCUGAACCCUGAGGCCCCUAACAUUUUGCAGCAGUGUGUCCUCACCUCCAAAUGCCUGUUAGACUCUCAGAAGGGUGCCAUUGAGCAGUUUUAAUUAUUUCAUACAGUCAGGAAACGUAUAUUUAACACGUAUCUGUAAUUAUCAUCAGCCAGUGGUAGUUAUUUAUACUCAAUGUUAUCAUAUGAGGCCACUGCAGAAUGUUAGUAAGAAGGCAAGAUGCGUCUGUUCCUGCUAGCUGCUAGCAUUGUUUAAUUUCCUUACAGCCGUCUGUCAAUUUAUAUGGGAAAGUUGUUGGUGCACAGAAAUUAUUAUUUUGUGCGCCUUAUUUAUUUAAUUAUCGCCCUCUUUGAGUAUAUUGUGAGCAGGAAUAAACUAAUUGAGUUGUUAAACACUAUUAUUAAAAUAUAAACAAUCAAAGAUGCAAUAAUGUUGAAUACUGAAUCUGAUAUAUCAGCAUUAGGAAGUGAAGUUUGUUACCUUCCAAAGUACGGUGGCCGACUGGUGCAAACACGCUACAACGGCCCAAAACAUUUUCAUUAGGAGAAACAUGCAGCAGCUUCAGAAACGAUGCAAAUGGAAAAAACACAAAUGUCAGGAAACACAUUUGAAUGAAGAAACCUCUUCACCAACUUGAAAAAACAUGCCCAGCGUUUAGAAAACAUUCACAACAUUGAAGAAAAAUGCGCGUUUAGUAAAAGUGCUGCAUAAACGAAAUGCUGUAAAUAAAAAGCGGUUGCAGAUCCGCAGUAAGCUGGCUAGCUAACAAAGCUAACCAAGUAUUUUAGAAAAUACUGACAAAACACGUAUAGAUAUGAAACGGUCCCAGCUGUGUCUCUUUUUAGUAUCCGUUUCCGUUGUGUGGCAAGAUGGUUUGUUUUUUCAUUUGCAUUCGUUUUAGCACAUUUGUGGUUUUUUAUUUGGAUCGUUUUUUAUGGAAAUGUUUUGGGCCGUUGUAGCGCAUUUGCAUCUGUCGGCCACCGUACCACAGAGUACUAAAUUAGUCCUCAUAAUUUUGGUUAUCACAGCCAUCACACUGUAUAUUGGAUUAGUUUAGCUUCUGCUGCUAUCAGUUAGCAUCUGACUGCUAACACUUUGGAGAUGCAUGGGUGUAAUUCGGAGGUUUGCUGUUUUAACAGCGUUGUAAUAUCUCUGGCAUAUUAUUUAAUGCUCUGUUAAGUCAUGACGGUGUUAUGCCGCUGCUGAGACUCACAAAUGCAUUACUAUCUUUGUCUUUGCUUAUUUAUCAUGAGGGAACCACAUGACCUUUAUGAGUGAUUCAGGAAAAUGUGUGGCAUUUACUUGUUUUUAAAUUCCUCACGUUGAUGAGUCAUGGCUGCUCAUUUUAUUUGAGAAAAUGUAAUGCCUUAAUCUGAAUGAAUUUGGUGUGUUGAUAUAUGAUGCGGAACUAAAUCGAAUAAAAUAUUUAGCUAAGACAAACUUAAUGAAAAGUUAAUAUUCUCUUCACCAUAUAAUCAAUAUCAUAGCUUCCCGUGAUAAACAGAAUCUCAAUCUCCAGGCUGCAGGGACAUCAGCUCUACUAAACAGGGCAGAUUAUUAAUGGGGUUAUAGUUUUUCUCCAUACUUGUUUAAUAAACCGUUAUGAUAAGGA